AUUAGUCUUUCAGGUGGACUGUUGUGUUUAUGUUGCAUGGACCUAAUGCGCCCCCAGGCAGCGUGUUUUUCUUCUUUUUAUUUACGUCGAUAUGUUGCAUUGAUGUAUUGCCCUCGCUGCUAGCGUUAGCCAGUGUCUGAUGUGGGCCCCUGUGUUGGUGAACUGGUCCUGAAGCUGCACCCGUAGGACGGUGCCUACUAAGGGCCGAGGUGCUCUCCAACAUGUCCAAGAGCAAGAGCUCCGAGUCGGUCAAGGUGGUGGUCCGUUGUCGGCCCAUGAAUGAAAAAGAGCUGGCAGCCAACUUUCAAAGCGUGGUCGGGGUCGACGUCAAGUUGGGCCAAAUCGUGGUCAGGAACCCCAGGGAGGCCUUGGCUGGUGAACACCCAAAGGUCUUCACCUUUGAUUCAGUCUAUGACUGGAACUCCAAACAAAUAGAUUUAUACGAUGAAACCUUCAGGCCUCUGGUGGACUCUGUACUUCUCGGUUUCAACGGGACCAUUUUUGCCUACGGGCAGACCGGUACGGGGAAAACAUACACUAUGGAGGGGGUGAGAAACGAUAUAGAGAAGAGAGGGGUGAUUCCAAACUCCUUUGAGCACAUCUUCACUCACAUUUCCCGCUCUCAGAAUCAGCAGUAUCUGGUGAGAGCGUCGUAUCUCGAAAUUUACCAGGAGGAGAUCAAAGACCUGCUCUCAAAAGACCAGACGCGUCGCCUGGAGCUCCGAGAGCGGCCCGACACCGGCGUGUACGUCAAGGACCUCUCGUCAUUUGUCACCAAGAGCGUGCGGGAGAUCGAACACGUCAUGAACGUGGGCAACCAGAACCGCUCGGUGGGUGCCACAAACAUGAACGAGCACAGCUCUCGCUCGCACGCCAUCUUCGUCAUCACCGUGGAGUGCAGCGAGCUGGAUGACGACGGGGAGAACCACAUCAGAGUUGGCAAACUGAACCUGGUCGAUUUGGCUGGCAGUGAACGGCAGACCAAGACCGGUGCUCAGGGAGAGAGGCUUAAAGAAGCAACCAAGAUCAACCUGUCCCUUUCAGCGCUGGGCAACGUCAUCUCGUCUCUGGUGGACGGCAGGAGCAGCCACAUCCCCUACCGCGAUUCCAAACUCACCCGUCUGCUGCAGGACUCCCUGGGGGGCAACGCCCGCACGGUCAUGGUCGCCAACAUCGGUCCGGCGUCCUACAACGUGGAGGAGACGCUGACGACGCUACGCUAUUCCAACAGGGCGAAGAACAUCAAGAACAAACCGCACAUCAACGAGGACCCCAAGGACGCCCUGCUCCGGGAGUUCCAGGAGGAGAUCGCCAGGCUGAAGGAGCAGCUGCAAAAGCGCUCGGGGAGGAAGAAAAAGCGGAGGGGGAGGAGAAGGGACGGGAGCGACGGGGAGGACCUGGAGGACGGAGAGACGGAGGAGGACAACGAGGACGGGGACGACAAAGGGGUUUACUGGCGGGAGCAGCAGGAGAAGCUGGAGAGGGAAAGGAAGGCCAUUAUGGAGGAUCACAGUCUGGUGGCUGAGGAGAAAGUUCUGCUGCUUAAGGAAAAAGAGAAGAAGAUGGAAGAUUUGAAGAAGGAGCGUGAAGCCGGAGAGAUGCUUUCAGCCAAAGUGAAGGCGAUGGAGAGUAAGCUUCUGGUAGGGGGGAAGAACAUCGUUGAUCACACCAACGAGCAACAGAAAAUGCUGGAGCUGAGGAGGCAGGAGAUCGCUGAGCAGAAACGUCGGGAGCGGGAGAUGCAGCAGCAGAUGGACAACCGCGACGAAGAGACGCUGGAGCUGAAGGAGACCUACAGCUCUCUGCAGCAAGAGGUCGACAUCAAAACCAAGAAGCUGAAGAAGCUGUUUGCCAAGCUGCAGGCGGUGAAGGCAGAAAUCCACGACAUCCAGGAGGCUCACAUCAACGAGCGCCAGGAGCUGGAACAGACCCAGAACGAGCUCACCAGGGACCUCAAACUCAAGCAUUUGAUCAUCGAGAACUUCAUCCCCUUGGAGGAGAAGAACAAAAUAGUCAGCAGGGCUUACUUUGAUGAGGAGGACGAAUACUGGAAAACGAAGCCCAUCACGCGCUUAGAGGAUAACCAUCAGAUGAUGAGCAGGCCUUUGUCCACGGUCGGCUACAGGAGGCCUCUCAGCCACCAUGCUCGCAUGGCCAUGAUUAUGAGGCCUGAGAUGAGAUACAAAGCCGAAAACAUCAUGAUGCUGGACAUGGACCUGCCUGCUCGGACCACCAAAGAAUAUCAGGAGCCGGUUAUCGCCCCUAAGGUGGCGGCAGCUCUGGAGAGCGCUCUAAAGGAUGAGGAUGAGAUCCAGGUGGAUGCCUCGGGCUUCCACAGCAGCUUGGGAUCAGCCCCGCCUGCAGGCGCCAGUCUCAAGAAACCAAAGUCCAGUCGACCGAGAACCGGCAAGAAGUCGAGCACCCCCACCUCUCCUUACAGCCCCUCAAGUCCCGGAUCCCCUCUCUACCCACAAUCCCGCGGCCUGGUGCCCAAGUGACGACUUCUACAACUGCGAUCACCGACCCGACCUCUUUCGUGCACUGUUUCACUUUGGGUCCCUUUUUUAAUUUUCUAACUCUAAUGCUGCUUAGUAGGUUUUAACUGUACGCACGCCACCAUUGGCUGCUGAACCUGAGUCACGAGCCACGCAUGAAGGCCUCCCAUCGCACCCCCCCCCCCCCCCCCCCGGCUCCUCCCUUCGGCUCUAAGCCACGGAUGUGUGUGCUGCUGGAGUCACUACACUCGAUCGAUUGUUGUUUAACGGAAACCAACCGGACCAAACUAUUUUCUGUAUGAUUCACGUUUCAAAUUGGUUUGUGUUCUAGUCCAGAAAAUCAGAAGAGAACCAUUCUUCAACAAUAGCCUCCCUCGAGCAGCUCACCAGGUCAAAUCUGUGCACAAGACCCUUUUCCAACCUGGAGGCGCGGCAGUCGAUGCAGAUACACAUCUUAUGUUUGUGUUUAUGCAUAGAUAUUAUACAUUCUAGUCACAAUGAUCUUAAUGUACAGAAAACAAUGGACUGCGAUGUGUGCGCUGGUUUUUGUCUUAAAGGAAUCCUUCCACAUUUUUGGAAACAAGAAAAACAUGCAGCGCAGCGCCUCCAGAAUACUUUCCACGCGUCUUGUUGGGGGAGAUCUGGUGGCUCCAGCCCCCCGACCCCCCAGGCAAUCACCACCAAGUCGCCGCAUCUCCUGAGAUGUAGAACUUGUGGGUUUCUCACCGCAUGAUUGUAAAUGAACAAAGGAGUUGUCCAAAAGCAGACCUCCACCCAGUUACACCCACCCACUAUGGACACAUUGUAGGGGGCGGGACACAGCAGAGACCUCCCUAAUGGAUCAGCUCCUACCAACACCCUCGUUCUCCAGAGCUCCUGUUGCUGGAAUGAUUCAUCAGGGUUCCAAGGUGCCUUAACCUGUGUCGCUUAAUCGCUGCUCCUUUUAAUUCCAAGUGCGUGCACGCACACACACACUCUCGGCCUUUCUUACCAAACCUCAUUUUAGAUGGGGUGGCACUCGUGCAGCGCCUCGUUCACACACAGCAUUCCACCAAAUCUGGCUUUUCUGGCUGCGCGCUGCGGAGGUCUCUGUGCAGCGCUGUGCCCCGAGAGUCGAGUGGACUCAGCUUUCUUGACCACCUGUGCGUGUGUGUGAGCGACCCUGCAGGGCUUUGCAGCCCACUGUGACAUUUGAAAUGGCCUCGGAAAUUAUCUGAAAGGUGAGACUGGUGUCUGUGCACAUAGGAGCAGUCUGGCCGCUUGGGUAUAAGACUUUCAACUAAAGCUGGAGUGGUGCUGGCUGACCCGUGUCGGCACACCUCUGCUUUAUUGACUCGACGAUUGUUCAUCCUAACUCACUUUUACAGAUGUAUAAAAAAAAACAUAAUUUAUGAUCUUUUGUUUUUAUAUUCAGAUGUAGAUAUAAUUUUCUAAUCCAUUUGUUCUUUGUUGAAAUAGUUUUAUAUUUUGAGUUUGAUAAUUUAAUGUUCUGAUUCCCUCUUUUUAUAUGUACUCUUCUAUUGUAUCCAGUACUGGCUUUCAUGUAUUCACUCCACGGUCUAAUAUUUCCAUGUUCACUGUGCAUGUAAUGUCAUAAACACAAACCUAAGCCAUAGAUUAAGGCCUCGCGUCCCUUAUGCCUGCCGCAUGACCAGCUGGAGCCCGUUAGGUUGUGAGAGCUCACUCAGAGGAGCAAAAUGUGAAUUUCAAUCCCUAUGCGUCUGUAUCCCAUAGCAACAACACUGGAUCUAAACUCCACAUCAAGGACUUUUUGUGACCAACCUUCUACUUGUGUGCACACGCAUUUGUUUAGUUUCUUUCAAUGAUUAAAGACAAUUCAAUGAGAACAAGAUGGUUAUGUGU